CUGCAAGUGACGGGCGCAAUUUCAUCAGACAGCUCAUCUAUCGGACACAGCGGCAGUAGAAAUAAACCUUUCCAAGAGUUGUCUGUCCAUUUUAAUGUUUUGUUACAGCAGCAAAUGCUAUAAAUACAAAGUACUGUGUAAGUAAACAGAAUCCACCAUGAAUAAGGACACUGAGGUUGACAUGAAAGAAGUGGAGCUCAAUGAGCUGGACCCCGAGAAGCAGCCCAUGACAGGCGAUGUCCAGGCUGUCGGCGGAGAGAAAAAUGGCAGCGUCAAGCUGAAGGUUCCUGAGGACGAGGUUACAUUCACCGGCCUGUCUAAAGAGGAGCUGAUGAAGGUUGCUGGCACUCCAGGAUGGGUGCGUACCCGCUGGGUGCUUCUUGUCCUGUUUUGGCUGGGCUGGCUGGGCAUGCUGGCUGGAGCAAUAGUGAUCAUAGUCCAGGCCCCUCGCUGCAAACCCAUCCCUGAUAUGAGCUGGUGGAACGAAGGACCUCUGUACCAGAUAUCUGACCUUGAGGCCUUCUCUGAAGGACUGACAGGUGCUGAGAAGAAGUUGGAAAACAUCAACCAGUUGAAGGUGAAAGGCCUGGUUCUGGGCCCUCUUCACACUGUCCAGGAUGACAAUCCCCUUACCCUGGAGCUGGGUAAGAUUGACCCAUCCAAGGGAACAGAGGCAGCCCUGGUUGCCUUGAUGGAAAAGGCCCACAAGAAAGGCAUUUCUGUGGUGCUUGAUCUGACUCCAAACUACCGGGGAGCUUCUCACUGGUUCCAACAGAAUGAUCUUACCGAAGUGAUAGAGAAAAUGAAGGAUGCAGUGGACCACUGGGUGAAAUUGGGUGUUGAUGGCAUCAAGAUAUCUAACCUCAGUUCUCCCGCCGCAUCUCCUGAUUGGUCAAAGCUGCAGGCUGCUGUCCAGGGCAACCGCAGUGAGGAGACCAAGAAAAGGUUGCUGAUGGGUGUGGUUGAAGGUAUUUCAGCUACAGAGGUGUCUCAGCUCGUCAACACCUCUGGUGUAGAUCUCGUCCUGUCUGACCUGCUCAACACUAAUAAAGGAGGUGUGGAGCAAAUCAAGGAUAUGGACACCCUUCACUCACAGCAGAGAAACGUGGGCUGGGGUCUCGGUGCCGCCCAACUGCACCAGCUGUCUAAACAGGCAGUUUCUCAGGCUAUGAUCCGUCUCUACCAGCUCCUGCUGUUCACCAUGCCCGGAACCCCAGUGUUCACUUACGGAGAUGAGAUCGGCCUUCAGGCACAGGGUGCAGAAUCUCCCAAGAUGGUUUGGGACAUAGAGACGGAACCUGCUUCAGGAGCUGUCGUCAAUGAGACUGCUGAGGCUGAGCGGAAGGAGCGCGUUGCUGUAAGGAAGUGGUUUAGAUCCCUCAGUGAACUGCGAGGCAAAGAGCGCUCUCUCCUCCACGGGGAUUACUACUCUCUCCACUCCUCCGCCUCCUCCCUCGCAUUCCUCCGUCUGUGGGACCAGAGCGAGAGAUACAUAACAGCUGUUAACUUGGGAUCAGCACCCGAGACGCUCUCACUCAAACUGGCACCUACAGAGAAUGUAAAGUUGCCAGCCACAGCCAAGGUCCAGCUUUCAACUGACCCAGAGUUGGAGGCAGAAUCCACAGUCAGCUUGGACAAUAUCAAACUGGCUCCUGGACACGGGGUCCUGCUGCAGUUCCCCUAUACAGGCUAAAGAUGGCGCCACACAUUAGGAAAGCUACCUGUAGAUUUAGACUUGUUUUUUAAAAAAGAAACUAGUCUGUCAGUCCUAAUCCUGAAGGAAUAAGGUGGCAUAUUCAAAAGAUACAGAACAUUUCUUUUUAUCACAACAUAUAGGACUUUCUCUCAGUUUAUUUAGACAGAAAAGUCACUGAAAAAUCUGAAUGUUGGGCAGUACAAACUCGGUUGGAUUGGUUUUUUAGGUUUUAUAACUUUUUUUUUUUUUUUAGGUUACUUGUGUCAGGAAAAGAUUCAGGCCUUUUAGACAUGGACUCAUUGAAUGACCAUUUUGGUCUUUUGUGAUUUUUGUUGACUCCCACUACAUUGUCCAAAUGUGUGACAGACAUUCCAUUCUUGUUCUUGGGGCAUUUUUUUUUUUAUCAGUCCUUGUGGGGUUUUUUAUGAUACAUUUUAAGAGACUUUGUUGUAUUAACAGUUUUGUUUGUUUUCCAUGGACUUUUCUCUGUUUUUGUCACUGAAAGGCAUGUAUUGCACAGGAAAAACAAGUUGACUUUGAACGUGUGUGAUGACUCUGACUGUGGUUUCAAAGUAUUUUAAGAGUGCUAUUAAACAAAAUUGUUGCAAAUGGCAUCAAGUCUGUCAACUAAACUGAAUAAGAAAUGAAUAAACAGAAAGUUCUGUACCAA